AAUGAGUGUGGCCAAGCUUGUCCCACUCUGCUCCAGGUUUGCUUUCAGAAGAAGUGUUUGUACAUCGCAGUGUACAGCAAUGGCGUCUCGACAUAGCAACACCAAGAGGAUCCAAGGACUGGACAAGAACGUCUGGGUAGCGUUUACAUCUAUGGCAGCGGAUCCUUCGGUAGUCAACCUGGGUCAAGGCUUCCCGGAUAUUUCGUUGCCACCGUACAUCAAGGAUGCUCUGGUGCAAGCAGUGUCAGUUGACAAAUUGAACCAAUACACUCGAGGCUUUGGACACCCUCCGCUGGUGAAGGCGCUCUCUCAGGUUUACGGCAAAGUGUGCGGGCGCCCCAUCGACCAUCUCAAGGAAGUCCUGGUAACGAUAGGCGCCUACGGCUCCUUGUUCAACAGCAUGCAGGCUCUGGUGGAAGGGGGCGACGAGGUCAUCAUCAUCGAACCCUUCUAUGACUGCUAUGUGCCCAUGGUCCGAAUGGCGGGGGGCAAACCUGUGCUGAUACCACUACGGCCUAAAUCGGGCCAGAAACCCACCACCAGCGCUGACUGGUUCCUGGACCCGGAGGAGCUAGCAAGUAAAUUCAACUCCAAGACCAAGGCCAUCCUCAUCAACACCCCCCACAAUCCCAUCGGGAAGGUUUUCACCAAAGAGGAGCUGCAGAUGAUCGCCGACUUGUGCAUCAAACACGACACGCUAUGCUUCAGUGACGAAGUUUACGAGUGGAUUGUCUACCGUGGACACCGGCAUAUUAAAAUUGCCACUUUGCCCGGAAUGUGGGAUCGAACCAUCACCAUUGGCAGCGCGGGGAAGACCUUCAGUGUCACCGGAUGGAAACUCGGUUGGUCCAUCGGACCCGAGCACCUGAUCCGCCAUCUUCAGACCGUCAUGCAGAACACGCUGUACACCUGCCCGACGCCACUACAGGAGGCCGUGGCGCAAGGUUUACUCCUGAACUGUGAGCUGAUGGGUCGGCCCGAGUGCUACUUCACUUCGCUUAGCGAGGAGCUGGAGGCGAAGCGCGACCGCCUGGCCGCCAUCCUGCGAGAGGCCGGACUGUCACCCAUCAUUCCUGAGGGAGGCUACUUCAUGUUAGCUGACAUCACGCCGCUAAGUCAGGAUCUGUCACACAUGGCCAGCGACGAAGCUUACGACUACAAGUUUGUAAAAUGGAUGAUUAAAGAAAAGAAAUUGGCAGCCAUCCCUGUCACUGCAUUUGUCGGGGAGGAAUCCACCAAGGCCUUUGAUAAAUAUAUUCGUCUUUGCUUCAUCAAGAGAGAUGAAACUUUGGAUGCGGCGGAGGCAAUCCUGAAGAAUUGGAAUUCCCUGGGAAGCAGCAACUGACAAUUUUUUUUUAACCUCUGAAGUUAAAUCAUCAUUCUGUAGAUCUCUUAGACACAAUUGGAGUGACUCAAGGUUUUGUUCUUUGCCCCCAUUCCUUUUCGCAUCUAAAUUGUUUCCUUUUGGUCAAAUAAAAAUGAUAAAAAAGAAAAUCGCUGCGAUCGGCUCCUGCACAUCCACGACCAUCGUGAGGAUGAGCGGUUCGGAUAAUUGAUGGAUAGAUGAAUCCUUCUGUUUUCAAAUACUAACACAAAGCAUUGAUUUACGAUGACCAGUGUUAGUGAAGCUCAAAUUAUGUGGAAAACCGGUAACAAAACAAUGAAUUAUUCCAGAAUUGGGGGUUUUUUUCCCUCUUAUUUUGACAUUUACUUCCUAUUAAAACCCUUGGUUCAAUCUAAUUGUUUUAAAAUUUAUAAAUGAGAGUAUAAAUUAACAAGUGGCCUUUUGAAAAUUAUUUUUCAAUGUACUUCAUCAAUAUGGAUGAAAAGACUGUCUUUUUGACUUGAACUUUUGAAAAUACAGUAGUUUUAUUCAGAUGCA